AUGAUUCCUAUUUACUGUAAACCACAAAGUAGAUUUGUGACUGAAGAAGUGGAACAGGAAGAAACAGAUCCAGAAGUGGUCAGAGCAUCCGAAAUUCUCAUGGACAUGAGAAACAAAAAGAUUGGAGACGGGAAUAACAUUUUGGUGUGCCAUAUUGAGUCAUGUCGAGUCAUAGAUGUGCCGAGAGUAGAAAAACGUUGCCGAACACUGAUCUACAAGAUCGAUUCGGACGGUUACGUCAAAAUCCACGUGCAGAGAACUAAAGAUUGUCCGGAACCUGUCAACCUCCUGGCCAUCGUUCUGGGAGUGAUCGGAGGAAUCGUGGCCGUGGGUCUGGCCCUGCUGCUGAUCUGGAAGUUGCUGACCACCAUCCACGACAGGAGGGAGUUCGCCAAGUUCGAGAAGGAGAGGCAAAUGGCCAAGUGGGACACGGGAGAGAAUCCGAUCUACAAACAGGCCACCUCCACCUUCAAGAAUCCCACUUACGGAGGCAAGCAGUGAGCCCCAACCGUCAGGCGUCUAGUUUAGAACCACUAUAACCCUUUUCUUUUGGCUAAUUUGCGUCUGUUCUAACCGGGUUUCGGUCGGUCCCCGUCUAAAGAUCUGAUAAUCCUCGUUUUUAACCUUUUCGUUUUAAUUUAUGUCACGCG